AUUUUCUCAUCAGGAAACGACAACAAGACGACGAAACUCUCCCUCUCUGGCUCUCGCGCGCGCCAUGGACGAGCGAGGUGGUAGCAGCGACAACAGCGGCGGUUAUGGUAAACAUGGCGGUGGAUUCUUGGAGACGAGCAAAUCAGAUAGGGCAAUGUGGUUGAUGAAGUGCCCUGCAUUGGUGUCUCGUUCGAUGAAGGGCCCUGAUGACCCGUCUCUCCCUGUCGCCAAGGUCGUACUCUCCAUCGACCCUCUCCGCAACGAAGAGGACUCCUCUACGCAGUUCACCAUGGAAUUGGCUGGCCCUGAAUCUGGGAAUGCACCGAAACGCUAUGCCAUGGAAAUUUCCAAAGACUUUGUUCCAUUGUCUGUAUUUUCUGAGUCAUCACAAGGAAAACUUUCGGUGGAGGGCAAAAUACUGAACAAGUUUGACAUGAGGCCUCAUGCUGAAAAUCUUGAGAACUAUGGAAAACUUUGCCGUGAAAGGACAAACCAAUAUAUGACCAAAAUUAGACAGAUACAGGUCAUCGGCAAUGACCGUGGAACCCAUAUGAGGCCUAUGCCGGGGAUGAUUGCUCCUGGAUUUACUGUACUUAUCGCAGAGUUCUUUCUGUGUUCAUUAGUAAAAUUGUGUCUCACUACUUUCUUUGUGUUAUGUUGGGGCUUAUAUUCCAUGUGCAAAUUAUUUAUUUCUGUGAUAUUUGACUGUCCACCAUCACAUAUAAUGACAGCUGUGUGUUUGCAGCAGGAGAAGAAGAAGCCUCCACCAAAGGGAUCUGAAAUGAAGAGAACCAGAAGAGACCGUGGAGAGAUGGAAGAGAUUAUGUUCAAGCUCUUUGAAAGGCAACCGAACUGGACUCUACGACAACUGAUCCAGGAGACAGACCAACCAGAACAAUUCCUGAAAGAUCUACUUAAAGACCUAUGUGUUUACAAUAACAAGGGAACUAAUCAAGGGUCUUAUGAGCUGAAGCCAGAAUACAAAAGAUCUGGCGAAGAUGCCACUUCUAAAUAGGUCUCUAUCUAUUGAUACCCUUUAGAGAAAGCCUUCAUCACUGCUUUUGACAUUUAGAUUAAAACUGCUGGUGUCCUUGACUGGGUAUAUUUCUUCAACGCAAGGGAAGUGUGAAUAAGGGAACAGUGGCAAUUAUAAUUAAUUUGCUGAAAAUCUUCCUGAUUUAGGUUAUCUUACCUGUUCGAGGACCCUUCUUUUCUUUUCUUUUUUAAUGUUAUCCAUUGUCUAUAAUUUUUAAAUUUCUUGACAUGUGCAAGUAGGUUAGUGUUUUCUGUCAUGGACCUUGAUGAGCACUGUUGUACAUAUAAUCAAAGCAAGCUGCAGCUCUUACAGAGAUUUUGGUUAUUCUG